AUGUCUCGGCAGCGCCGGACGGCACCGCGGGGCUCUGAGAGCGGCGGGACAGGGACAGGGACCGGGCCGGAGCGCGGGGGCCGCCACCACAGCAGUGCGAAGAAGAGCAAUACCCAACGAGAGUGGCGGUGGACGUGGCUGAAAGCAGUGUUCUCAGUGUUCGUCCUUUCUUCUCUUGCCGUCGGUGGCCUCUUGAGCUGGAGCUGCCUGAGUGCUGAGGAUGGGGUCACGGAGGUGCUGGCUCAUCACAGUGAGAACCUGCAGGAUAAGUUCAUUGAGAUCCCCUGCUCUGAGGACUACGACAACCAGAAAAGAUUUGAAGGCUGCACUCCUAGGAAGUGUGGAAGAGGUGUGACUGAUGCAGUAAUCACAAAGGAAGAAGCUGAAAGGAUCCGUAGAAUAGCAGAGAGGGGACUGUCCUUGGGAGGAUCUAAUGGAGGGGCAUCAAUUUUGGACUUGCACUCUGGAGCUCUUUCACUCGGGAAGCAUUUUGUUAAUCUGUACAGGUACUUUGGGGACAAAAUUCAAGACAUCUUCACAGAAGAGGAUUUUGCAUUAUAUCGUGAUGUGAGACAGAGAAUUCAACAGAAGAUUGCUCAGGCAUUUGGGAUCAACUCUGCAUCCAUGUACCUGACUGAGCCAACAUUCUUCUCAAGAAUAAACAACACAGAAGCCAAGACAACACAUGAUGAAUACUGGCACCCACAUGUUGACAAGGUCACUUAUGGCUCUUUUGACUAUACUUCACUGCUCUACCUCUCAGACUACAGCAAAGACUUUGGUGGUGGCCGUUUUGUCUUCAUGGACGCAGGUUCCAACAGGACGAUAGAGCCCCGAGCAGGCCGAGUUUCCUUUUUCACCUCUGGGUCGGAGAACCUUCAUCGGGUGGAAAAGGUUCACUGGGGCACUCGCUAUGCCAUCACCAUCUCCUUCACCUGCAACCCAGACCGUGGCAUUGGGGAUCCAGUCUUGGUGUAAUUCCUCUGGGGAUGGAACAUGAGGUCAAAUGG